AUGCCCUGCCAGCAGAACCAGCAGCAGUGCCAGCUUCCUCCCAAGUGUCCCCCUCCCAAGCGCUCCCCUAAGUGUUCCCCUAAGAGUGCCCCCAAGUGCCCAGCCCCAUGCCCACCUCCGGUCUCUUCAUGCUGUGGCUCCAGCUCUGGAGGCUGCUGCAGCUCUGGAGGUGAGGGCUGCUGCCUGAGCCACCACAGGCCCCGUGGCAGUAACUGUACCUGCAGCAGUGAUUGCAACCGCUACAACAGACAACAGUCUGGGGGCUCUGGCUGCUGCUCCUCCGGAGGCUGCUGA